CCCCCAGUCAGGAAAAUGACUAGUGACCUAGCCUGGUUGCUGAUGCUGGUCCUGAGAAACAUCCUGAUUGCUGAUCAAAUACCACCUCAAGGAUACAGAUAUGCCUCUUAUGAAGUGAUCAUCCCCUGGAGACAGACCUUCAGGUACAGAGAAGAAGAUCCCCAGGAAGUCACCUAUAUGCUGAAGAUUGAGGGGGAAAGCUACAAGGUGCAGCUCAGACAAAAGAGAGACUUGGUCUCUAAACACUUCCCUGUUUUCACUUACAGUAAGGAGGGGGACAUCCUGGUGGACUAUCCUUUCAUCAGGGAUGAUUGUUUCUAUGAGGGUUUAAUACAUGGUAGGCCUCUCUCUUUGGUUGUCCUCAGUACUUGCUCAAUGGGCCUCAGAGGUCUGUUGCGAGUAGAAAAUAAGACCUAUGAAAUUAAACCUGUCCAGGCAUCUUCUACCUUUCAACAUGUGGUGUACAGACUGGAAGAAGAAAAAGAGGCUACCCACAUGAGGUGUGGGUUAACAAUGGAAAAGCAACACCAAAUGGCCAUGAUCAGAAAUGUAGAAAAUGUAGUAGCGAAAAGUUCCCUGAGAGGACCCUGGUGGGCACACACCAGAUAUGCAAAAAUUGCAGUUGUAGUAGAACAUGAACGAUAUGUCCAGUUUGGCAGAAAUGAAACUGUUGUUGCUAUGCAACUGUUGGAUAUCAUCCAUAUUGCAAAUACAGUUUAUGCUCCACUUGGUGUGCAGGUGUCCCUGGUUGGGAUGGAAAUAUGGUCGGAAAAAAACCUCAUCCCAAUUGCUGAAAAGUUGGCUACUGUCCUUAAUGAUUUCAAUCUGUGGAGACAAGAGGUGCUUGCACCUCGCCUGGAGCAUGAUGCAAGUCAUUUAUUUAUAUAUAAAAAGUUUGAGACCGAUCUUGGAUUAGCAUAUGUUGCAGGUAUGUGUUCGACUGAUUCUGCAUCUGCUGUUGAAUCAUAUGUCACUUCUAUUUUGGCCUCAUUUGCUACUAUUUUUAUCCAUGAGUUGGGUCAUAACCUUGGCAUGAGGCAUGAUGAAACGGACUGUAUUUGUGAUCUACCAGACUGUAUUAUGGCCAGACGUCAUACCCUCGCUUAUAAAUUUAGCAACUGCAGUUAUAAUGAUUAUUACACAGAAAUAACAUGGGGUAGAAAAGAAUGUAUGAAAAUACCUCCAGAUCCCGAUAAACUGUAUAAGCUCAAAUACUGUGGAAAUGGAAUAGUGGAACAUGGAGAACAAUGUGACUGCGGCUCAAAAUUUAAAUGUGAAUCAGAUCUGUGCUGCCAGUCAAACUGCAAGUUGCAUUCCGGUGUCACUUGUGCUUUUGGAGAGUGCUGCUCCAGAUGCCAGUAUCUUCCAGCUGGAACUGUUUGCAGGAAAAGUGCUAGUGUCUGUGACCUUCCAGAGUACUGCAAUGGGUCUUCAGCAUGGUGUCCUGAAGAUGUUUACGUACAAGAUGGUGCCCUAUGCCAUGAAGGUGCCUACUGUUAUCAUGGGGAUUGCUCUACUCAUGAAGAACAGUGCAAGGUGAUCUUUGGCUCACAAGCAGAAGUUGCUGAAAAGAGCUGCUUCAGAGAACUGAACACUCGACGUGAUCGUUUUGGCAACUGUGGCAUUACUGCAGGCUCAGAUUUUAAGGAGUGUAAAGCUCAAGACAUCUUUUGUGGCAGGAUCCAGUGUGAAAACAUUCAUUAUUUACCUUCGAUGGAGGAGCACCACACCAUAAUUCAAACUCGUGUUAAGAAUAGGCUGUGCUGGGGAACAGAUUACCAUAAUGGAAUGGAGAUAGCUGAUAUUGGAGCCGUUCAAGAUGGAACACCUUGUGGCAAGGACAUGAUAUGUAUUAACAGGGAAUGUGCCAGUGUUUCCCUCUUGAAGUAUGAUUGUAAUAUAACAAAGUGCCAUAAUCGGGGAAUAUGCAACAGCCAGAAACAUUGCCAUUGUGAUUAUGGCUCUGCUCCUCCAUACUGUGUAAAUGAAGGUUAUGGUGGCAGUAUUGACAGUGGUCCCCCUCCACCCCAUAAGGCUAUCAGUGCAGGAGCUACAGUAGGAAUUAGUGUUGCAGUAGUCCUUUGUGUUACUACAAUUAUAGGACUGGGUAUAUAUUCCAGGUCUAUACUGAUGCCAUGGUUUAGAAGACAAAGUGGAAGACUUCAUCCAAUGGUGUGA